AUGUCUGCAGCCCGCUCUCUGGUCUCGCGCCUCGCAGCAUUUUCUUCCUGCGAAAUAUCGGAUGCUCUCAUCAAGCUAGGCAUCCCGCACGGGGGUUAUAUACCAGAUAUCAACAUGGUUUCCCCAGCCGCGAGCUCAGAUAUCAGAAUAUGUGGCCCAGCUUAUACAGUCCAAAUGGUGCUUGCGUCCGAUAAGACGGCCCCCAAGCUGGAGAAGCACUUCGUCGACACUGCGCCUGAAGGUUCCAUAAUUGUCAUAGACGCCCCGCCUCGGGUGAAGAGCGCGGUCUGGGGAGGCCUCAUGACUGCAGGGGCCCAAGCACGAUCAGCCAAGGGAGUCGUAAUUUCUGGGAGAUGCAGAGAUAUCGGCGAGCAUCGCGCUCUGCAGUUCCCUGUGUUCGCCCGCUCCCAUUCGACCCUUGGCCAAUCCCCAUUUACACGGCCCUCGCAAAUCAACAUACCGCUCACUAUCGCGCCUCAGGGUGCUGACGGUGAUGCUAGCGCGUACAGUUUCCCAGCCAUACAAGUCAAGCCCGGGGACUGGAUAAUUGCGGAUGAAGAUGGCGUUGUAUGUGUGCCAGUUGACCUGGGACAAGAAGUUGUGGACCUAGCUUCGAAGGGGAAAGCAAUAGAUUCGAAGUGCAUGGAAGACAUUAAAGCGGGGCUAGGAAUCCAAGAAUCCUUUAAAAAGCACAGGGGGAAAUGA